UGCCUUGCUUGGUCACAAUCGUGCACUACACAUUCAUCGGUUGUUUGUGAUGAAUAGUUUGCCACCUAUAAAUAGGACAUAUGAGCUUCUGUCCUUCACCAUUAGAACUUAAUUUAAAGCUCACAUCAUUUCAAAAAUAUAAAGAACACUAGAGCUUCCUGUUAACUUCCAAAUAUGACGAUAGUAGAAAUGUGUGUGCAUAUGGAUUGUCCGGGGUGCGAGAGCAAGAUAAAGAAAGCUCUGAAGAAGUUACCUGGAGUUGAUGAGGUAGACAUAGAUAUGAAGCUACAAAAGGUGACGGUUAUGGGAUGGGCAGAGCAAAAGAAGGUUUUGAAAGCGGUUAGGAAGACAGGAAGGAGGGCUGAGCUGUGGCCAUAUCCAUACAACCCUGAAUACCAUGCAUUCUCACGCCAAUAUGCCAACCACACCAACACCAUGACCUCUUCCUCCUCUUCUUACAACUACUACCACCAUGGUUACACUUUUGCCGAUGACUUUGGCUAUUACCGAAAGCCUAUUGCUGCUUCCAUCGUUAGUGACAAGGCCAUGGCUAUCUUCAGCGACGAAAACCCUCAUGCUUGUUCUAUUAUGUGAUCUCAUGCUUUCAACAUCAACAACACAAUAACCAUU